AAAGGGCGAUAAGCAAACAAUAAGCAUGGCUGUCUUUCAAACUAUCAUUUCUAGUUUAGGCAAAUCUGCCGAUUUUUUCACAGUUUUCGGUGUGACAGCAGCAUCAUUCGUCGCUUUUAAAGCAGCUCUCGGUGUAUUUAGAUUUAUAUCAACUUAUGUUUUAGCUGGUCUGUUGGGAUUGUCAGCUGAUCUCAAGAAAGCCGGGAGCUGGGCAGUUGUGACUGGGUGUACAGAUGGGAUUGGUAAAGCAUAUGCAGAACAGCUUGCUGAAAGAGGUAUAAAUGUAGUAUUGAUCAGCAGAACAGCAUCUAAAUUAAAUGAUCUCGCAAAAGAAAUAGAAUCUAAAUAUAAAGUACAGACAAGAGUGAUUGCGGUAGACUUUACAAGAGCAGAUAUUUACAGUACUAUUAGUAGAAGUUUAGAGGGUCUAGAAAUAGGAACACUGGUUAACAAUGUUGGUAUGUCGUUUCCAUUUCCUGAAUAUUUCGUGGAACUGGAAAAUCGAGACCAGAUUGUAAAGGAUAUGAUAAAUGUUAAUAUGUUAUCUAUGACUAUGUUAACCAGCAUAGUAUUACCUGCUAUGGUUGAAAGAAGACGUGGUUACAUCAUCAACAUCGCAUCAACAGCUGCCACAGCCCCACUUGCUUUAUUAGGCCUUUAUUCUGCUAGUAAGGUUUAUAUGGACUAUUUUUCACAAACUCUUCAACAAGAAGUUAGUAAUAAAGGUGUCACAGUUCAGGUUGUACUACCAGGUUUUGUGGCAACAAAGCUUUCUAAAAUCAAAAACACUAGUUUCUUGAUCCCAUCACCAACAACCUAUGUUCGUAGUGCCCUGUCUACUGUAGGUAUAGAAAACAGGACAUUUGGUUUCUGGUCCCAUGCUGUUCAGGGAUUUUUGAUGGCAUCUAUACUUCCAAAGAUGGUUGAAAGAAAUAUUAUGCUAGGAGCCAGGAAAGCCGGUUUACGAAAAAGGAACCAAAAGAAAGAAUAAUAAAUACUUUUUUUUACAUUUUCUUAAUUCUGAUUAAAAUAAUCCAUAUUAUCACAAUAGUCAAGCACAUCAGGCCCCUAAUUUAAACAUGUCAUUUAAAAACUGUUUGUUUUUUAAAUCAAAUAAUAUCUGAUAUAUUCUCAAAUAUGUUAUAAUGAAUUUGUUGAUCCAGAAAAAAAAUUAGAUUUUUUUUGUUUAUUUUUCUUUAUGAAUGAUAGUAUCAGUGCUUUUUUAAAAUGUUAUAUUCUAGAACUAAAAUUUAGAACCCAUUUUACCUCUUUUACUAGUAUCGCAAUUUAUAUUCAUAUUAGAACUUAUUAUUUUUCUUUUUGAUAAUAAUACUGCCUUGUGAAAUGGAAAUGGGCCUGUUUCAUAAUUUAUACUCCUCUUAAAACUGUUUAUUUUUCAUAAUUAUUAUUCUAUAAAGUCCUAUUUAUUUCAUGACAAUAAAAAUAUUUCCGUUCAAUUGUAACAUCAAUUGCCUUAUAUACAUUGUAUAAUUUGCAUAGUGAGAGUGGAUUUGUUGAACCAGGGUAGUGUAUUUUUUUUAUCUAAAAAUAACUGAUUAUUAUCUAUCAUUCUGGGGCCAGGGCCCUUAUUCACGAAAACUUAAACUAAGAUACAAUCGAAAUUUUAAGAAAUACUGCAAUUCGAUUGGCUGACCAGUAAAAUCAAUUUGCAUAUAUCCAAUGAAGUUGCAGUAUAUCUUAAAAUUUCGGUUGUAACUUAGUUUAAGUUUUUGUGAAUAAGGGCCCUGUUUCCCGAAAUUUUAACUAGGAUAAAAUCUGAAUUUUAGUAAUUUGAUUGGAUAAUAUUAGAUUGAUUUUAGUACUAAGCCAAUCAAAACUGAAGUAUCUACUAAAAUUUGGAUUUUAUGUUUAGUUAAGAUUUCAAGAAACAGGGCCCUGAUCUUAAAAUAAACAAGUUGAGCCGAUGAUCAGUUGUUAAAGGGGUAGUCCUGACUGAUGGACUUUCCGCCAAAGUCUCUUGGAAACUGAAGGUUUGUAUUUAUUUGAUAAAUUAUAACAUAAUUACAUUGAACUCAUCUUGUCUGGAGUUCAUUUACAUUUAUUUUUGUCCCAUCCGAAUGACUAAUUUUUGAUAGUAGUUGCACAGUAUCAGAAUAAAGGUUAACAUAAAGUCUUUGAACCCAAAUUAACCAGUUUUAUUUAUUAAAAUACUAUCUGGGAUUCAUCCUGAAGGGUAUAUAUAUUUAUGCUUGAAAGUUAAUGACAUUGUAUGAUUUAAUAUUUCUUGUAUUACAGUCCAGCUAAUAAUUGUAUAUAUUAUGUUGUAACUAUAGAUGUAACAAACCAUAGAUGUAACUUUAAUAAUUAUUAUACAAAUAUAAUGAACAUUAAAUAGUGACCAUUAGCUUUGUGAUAAUCAGUGUAACAGAGUGAACAUGUGACUAUGACUGUAACAAAAUAGGACUUAGUAACAUAUAUAUUAAGUCUGAAUGUAACACUAGUGACAUAACAUAGUAACCCUGUAUGCAACAAAAUAUGAAACAUGUAACCAAAUAUAACUCAUGUUAUUUGAGAAUUUAACAAAAUAUAACAUAAAAACCCUUACUGAAUUGAACAAAAUGUAGCACAGCAACCUUGAAUUCAACAUAAUGUUUACAUACCAACCUUUAAUGUUACAAAAUAUAACUCAUAUUAAUUGAGAAUUGAACAAAAUAUAACAUAAAAACCCUUACUGAAUUGAACAAAACGUAGUAUAGUAACCUUGAAUUUAACAUAAUGUAACAUACCAACCUUAAAUAAUCAUUAUUUGAACAAACCAAAGCCUAAAAUAUGAGCAGUACCUAAUUAAAACAUAGUAACCCUAAGAGUAAAAACAGUAACAUGAAAGUGAUCAUGACUAGAGACACUAAUUUAAACAGUACAAUGUUGUGAUCAUUUAUGUAACAAACAUAAUGUUAGAAAAUAUAACACAGUGGCCUUUGGGUGUACCACAAUAUGACAGAGACCAUAAAUGUAACAAAAACUACUGUGUGUAUGUUCGAACUUCGUCCACAAUAAGAUGUUCAGAAUUAUUUAUAUAGAUACAAAUGUAAUCCUGAUCACGUUGUGUUAAUAUAGUUGUUUUGGUUGCUUUGUUGAAUUAUUGUAUCUGUUUGUUUUUGUGGGUAAAAUUUUAUAUGAUUAAAUUCUGUCCUGAUUGAUAUAA